CAUCUUACCUCUCCCUCUGACAUCUCUCUUCUUCCUGGGGCCCUUAUCUUCAUUCACUCUAACACCAUAGUCUGCUGAUCACUCCAUCAUCUACCUCUACUCCACUUGUUGCACCUGCUCUGUCGUUCCUGCCCCCCUUCAUUCUUCGUCAGCUGAUCCCUGACUCUCUCAUAACCUCAAGAUGAGGGAGGCAAUAUUCGAGAUGGACGACUGCGGUCCAGCCUCGUGCGUGGAAGUGGAGCAAGGGAAAGAGCAGGCAAAGCCGCCGCCGACCAAGUCGUACGGCAUGAUGGCUGACAUGGACUCGCUCCACGGCAUCAUGAUGCGACUGGACGAGCCCCGUCACCUCUGGCUCUGUGCGCAGGUGUGCAGGAGCUGGGGGGACGCGACGGUAUCAGAGGACUUGUGGAGGAACGUGUUCUACAUCAAGUUCGGGGACGCGGCGAGGGCGAUCGUGGAGGACAUGCGCGCAUAUGAGGGGCUGUCCUUCAGACAGCUCUGUGCUCGAGCCGAGUCGACCGUCGUGCUCGCCUGGGGUCAAGGCUGCAGCAGCAUGCAGGAGAGCUCUGGAGCGCCUCGCUGCCCCACCCUUGUUGGAGGAGGAGGCAUGAGGAGCAACUACGUGCAGCAGGUGUCGGUCGGGCAUGAGUUCACUUGCGCGUGCACUUGGAGCGGGCAGGUGCUGUGCUGGGGGAGCAACUCCUUCGGUCAGUGCGGGGUAGCGCCGAGCGUUGCAAGCUUCGUGCCCGAGCCGCUGCCCGUGGAGCUGCUGGGGUCGGUGGAGGAGGAGGGAGACGCGCUGGUCGCGCAGGUGUCUUGCGGUUUCGCCCACAUCGCCGCGGUCUCGUGCUCAGGGAAGGUGCUGUGCUGGGGAAGCAACGAGCACGGGCAGCUGGGAGUCAGCAAGGAGGCGCUGUGGGGGUAUGGAGGAGGAGGAGUGCACCGGCAGUCGAUCAGCGCUGCUCCCCUGCAGGUAAUGCUGCCGCAUCCCGCGCCGCGCUUCCGCAAGGUCUGCUGCGGGUCAGAGCACACGGGGGGGCUGACGGAGGAGGGAGUGGUGUUCAUGUGGGGGUCCAACGACCAGGGGCAGUGCGGGUACACCGAGCACAGGAUGGAGCUGGGGGAGGAGGAGGCGGUCGAUCGCUGGGAGCCGCGGGUGCUUGAGGAGCUGCUGGGGAAGAGGGUGCUGGACCUGGCGCUAGGAGCGAGAUUUUCGCUGCUCCUUACAGAGGACUCGCUGCUCUCGUGCGGGUCCAACACCUUCGGGCAGCUGGGAAGGUCAACCCCGCAGUACCUCGACCCCUGCCCGGGUAAAGUUGAGUUGAGCACGGAGCAAGCAAUGGGGCAGGAGGAGGGGAGGACUCGCGUGUGCAGCAUGUGCUGUGGGGAUGAUCACGCCCUGUGCUACAUGUCCGAUGGAUCCGUGUGGGCAUGGGGACGGGGAACUCAGGCGGCGCUGGGCAUGGGAGGGCAGCAGAAGAACACGAGCAGACCGCAAGUGAUCUCGACGCCGCUGGGCAAGAAAAUCCUCCUCCUCGCUGCUGGAGGCUCAAGCUCUGGUGCAAUCAGCUCCAGCUUGCAGGGGACGGGUGUUGAGCAGUACAACUGCCUGUACACGUGGGGAGCCAACAGGAAAGGUGAACUUGGACACGGCGAUCUCACGAAGAAGACUGUUCCUAAAGUUGUCAAGGGCGUGAGCAGAAGCGCCUCUCUCUUCCUGCUCGAUCUCGGAAACACUCAUAGCGUUGCUCUUGCAGAGUGGCGGAGGCAGACUCCUGCUCGAAGAGUUUCAGACGCGGGGUAA